AUGCCUCGGUUUUCGUCAGAACAAAGCAGCAAGCCUCUGUCAUGGACUGAUGCCUCUGGGAAUACUUACUCCUAUUAUGAGCAUCCCUUCUUGAAGUCUGUCAUCUUCAUUUUGGGCCAGGAGCUUUGUGAACGAUUAGCAUACUAUGGUCUCACGCCCAACUUGCAGACCUUCUUGAAGGAGUUUGCUGGUAUGGAUGAUAGUGGUGCCAACUCUUAUAUUUCUAUUUUCAAUUCGAUCAUUUAUUUGACCCCCCUAGUGUCGGCCGCCUUGUCCGAUACCAUCCUCGGUCUAUACGUCACGAUCGUCAUAUUUUCACUGAUCUAUGCAUGUGGGUUGGUCUACUGA